AUGGCCUUCCCACUCGUCGAGCGUCAGGAUCUCAAGGCUGUCCUUCCGCCCGACUUUCUCCACGGCUAUGCAUCCGCAGCCUAUCAAAUCGAGGGGGCUACCUCCAAAGAUGGGAGAGGCCCUUGCAGCUGGGACGAUUUUCUGAAAGACCAGCCCGAGAAAGGGGACGAUGCUUGUCGCUCCUAUGACCUUUGGCAAGAAGACGUAAAACUCUUGAAGCAGUAUGGGGCCAAAUCCUAUCGUUUCUCAAUCUCCUGGUCUCGUGUCAAGCCGCUUGGGGGGGAGGAUGACCCAGUCAACGAAAAGGGAAUAGAAUAUUAUAACAACCUUAUUAAUGCCUUAAUUGACGCUGGGGUCGAACCGACCGUAACUCUACACCACUACGAUACACCUCUCGCUCUCGACGAAGCAUAUCGGGGAUUCGCUUCAAGUGAUCCUGCCCCUCUUAUCGCAGACUUUCUCUCUUACGCCAGGCUUUGCUUCGAGAGAUUUGGUGACCGGGUCAAACGAUGGCUCACAAUCAACGAGUACCUAGCUAUUGCUCAUCGCUUGUCAGGGAAAUUGAAGGGUCCGAAUGGCGCCAACGCUAACAUCGCACAAAGGGUUGGCCACAACUGUCUUUUGGUCCAUGGACAUACUGCGAAGCUAUAUCAGACCACUUUCAAAGCCCAGCAAAAAGGGCAAAUUGGUAUCGCCCUAAACUAUGAUUGGGUUGAGCCACUAGAUGAAUCAGAGCUGGCAAUAAAUGCUGCCAAAAUUGCAGAAGAAAGAUCCUUGGGCUGGUGGGCUUUGCCAAUUUUCAAAGGAAUCCAGACCAAGUCUUGGGACCAGUACGGCGAGGCAUUCCCCAAGCUCACGUCAGAAGAACUUGAACUUGUCAAAGGAUCUGCUGAUUUUUUCUCCAUCAACCACUACGGAACAAUGUACGCGACUGGGAAAGUAUUUGAUCCUUACACUAAGACGAAUUUCCGCGAUCUCGACGAUGUGGAAAAGACACAUUACAAGAAUGGAGUUGCUAUUGGUCGACGCGGUGAGAAUGGACAUCCGCAUACAGUCCCUUGGGGCUUUGCCAAGAUGCUUACUCACGUCUGGAAAACAUACGCCCAGCCACUUGACAUCCCGAUCUACGUUUACGAAAAUGGCUAUCCUGUCGAAGAUGAAUCCAAGUUUUCCAUUCACGAUAUCGUCAAUGAUAAGUACAGACAGGAGUUCUUUGACCUUUACAUCGGUGCAUUGUGCGACGUAGUCAAGAAAGAAGGCGCGAAAAUUGCCGGCUAUCAUUGCUGGAGCUUGCUUGACAACCUGGAGUGGAAUUUCGGUUAUGGGCCUCAGUUCGGUCUGACAUAUGUCGACCGCAAGAACGGGUUCAAGCGAAUCCCUAAAGAUUCCUCGAAGACAGUAGCUGCCAUCUGGGACCACGUGAUCGAAAAGUAG